AUGACCCGAGAGGAAGCGGCCAAGUACAUCCAGGCCUGGUGGCGGGGCACCCUGGUGCGCCGGACGCUGCUGCACGCGGCGCUCAGAGCCGCCAUCAUUCAGCGCUGGUGGAGGCAGGUGCUCGCCAAGCAGCUGGAGCGGCGGCGGCGGGCGGCACUCGACGCCUACGUGCGCAGGGAGUGGGCGGCCGUCAGGCUGCAGGCCUGGGUGCGCAUGUGGCGCGUGCGCCUCCGCUACUGCCGCCUGCUCCACGCCGCCCGCAUCAUCCAGGUGUACUGGCGCUGGCACAACUGCCAUUCCCGUGGCUUUAUUCAGGGUCAUUACGACAUCAAAGAAAACCAACUAAAUCUUCAACUGGAAAUCUCUUUGGGCUCCGAGGUUUGCAGACUGCAACAGUGCACAUCCUUUCCAAUAAAGAAUGAUCAGGUCUGA